AACCCGAUGUUAGCUCCUCAGCUAGCAGAGAGGAAAAUAUUAUCACACUUAUUGAUUAAAGUAGAUCCUUUGACAUUAGUUAUUAACUUGUGAAUUCACAAGACAAAGUUUUUCUGAGUAACUCUUCCUUACAACAUUAUUUGAGAUGUUUACAGAGCUCAACAGCAUCCUGAACACCAGUCCUGACAGCUUCACGCAGGGAGAAUUUAUCCUGGUGUCUGACAGACAGAGUGAUGCCUCUUUCCUCAUUCACCACUUCCUGUCUUUUUACCUGCGAGCACGCUGUAAAGUGUGUUUCGUGGGCCUGGUGCAGUCAUACAGUCACUACAGUGCAGUCAGCCAGAGACUGGGUGUGAGUCUAGCACAGGCGAAGGAAAAAGGUCAACUAAUAUUCCUGGAAGGACUGAAGGAGUCGCUCUCUAUUUUAAAUCCUCAAGAAGCCGACACAGGAAGUCAAGCAAUGGACUUCCUCAGGGAUCCUGCUGUUGGCCUGCGGAGUCUGUACGAGUUUGUCCGCUCCGGUGUAAGCAGCUCAGACGGUGGGGAAGAGGAGUGGGGACCCCCGGUGCUGCUGGUGGAUGACCUCAGCGUGCUGCUGAGUCUGGGGGUGAGCGUCGGAGCCGCGCUGGACUUCAGCCACUACUGCCGAGCCACCGUCUGCUCCCAGAAACGGGGGAACGUGGUGAUGCUGGCUCGCUGUGACGGGGAAGAAGACGAGGAAGACGACGGAGAUGACGAAGGCUCAGAGAGGCUCCUGAAGGGCCUGAGCCACCAGUGUAGCCUCGCUCUUCAAGUACGGGGUCUCCCCACCGGGUACUGCAGGGACAUCCACGGCCAGGUGGAGGUGUGUUGGAGGAGGAGACAAGCUGACGGGCAACACACACAGAAGAAACUCUUCCAGUACAAAGUCCACGAUAAAGGAGCUUCCUUCUUUGCUCGUGGGACGUCCAGCGCUGUUCUUUAGUCACUUAUCUCAAUGUCUUUGUUUGCCUUUUGCCUCUUUUUUUUUCUUUACACAUGCGGCAACUGACAAAAGCCAAUUUCACUGUCGUACGAUAACAUCACCACACAGUAUAAACGAUUGGUUGAUUAGUUGCCAAAGUGGUCGUCAAGGCAACACAGACCUGCCAGCUUGAAGCUUUUAUGUGUGGACCUCACACUGUGUGGAAGAUGGCAGCAGUGAUCCUGCAGCUCCUGCCUGGUCACAGACCUCUGAGUCGAUGCACAUUUCUCCGAGUUAUUUUCAUUUAUUCAAGUGAAGUAAAAAAAAAAAAGAGGCCAGUUUACUGUAAGUGUUUCUUCAGACUUUUGUUAGUGUUCAGCCGCCUGGAUGAAUCAAUGUGUGUGUGUGUUGACAGCGUGCUAUGAAUGCACACAGUUUACAUUUUUCAUGCUCAGUGAAUGAUGAUGAUACUGAUUGGUUAGUUCAUUUUCUGUGCUCCUUAUUGUCAUUUAUUUUGCAUUGUUUUUCUCAAACAUCAACGUUCUAAUGAACAAAGUAAAUGGGGUAUUUUUUUGGGGGGUUUUGUCAAAGGAAUACUUAAAUGAUUAUUUCCACUCAGAAUUGUCUUACUUAGUUGUGAAGGGAAGCACUCAGAUCUUUUACUUGAAUAAAAGUAGAAAUACCACGAUGAAAAACAUACUCAGUCACAAGUAGUACUGCAUUCAAUAUCUUACUUAUGUAAAUAUAUGUAAGCA